GGGUGGCUUUAUUUUUCUCAUCAGCCCCUCUACUUGUGUAGGAUGCAGUCUAACUCAUGUUUGUUUUAGGGUAUAACAAUUACCAGCUUAACUAUCACGAUGGCUCAUAAGGGUAUGCCUAUAAUUAGUUCAAGCUGUCUUGCUUGUUAAAUUCCCCUUUGGCUCCCAAACUUGGCAUUGGGAAUGAACUUUGGGCCUUUUUUAGGAUUGCUGUCACUCUGUCCUGGCAAAAGGCAGUGGGAAGCAGUACCCUCACUCCCUCUUCACUGCUGGAGCCCAUGGGUGUAGACACACUGCUGCCUUCUCCUUCUCACAGGGGCUGCUGAGCUGUCAUGGGAAACACCACCAGUGAGCGAGUGUCUGGUGAGCGACAUGGCUCCAAGUCCCACCGCUCUGACAGCUCUGGAGGUGCCCAUCACACAAAGGAGCACCCACACAAGAUCAUGGUGGGCAGCACAGAUGACCCCAGUGUUUUCAGCUCCCACGACUCCAAGAUUCCUGGGGACAAGGAGUUUGUUUCAUGGCAGCCGGACCUGGAAGAGUCAGUGAAGCCAUCCCAGCAGGCUCGCCCCACUGUCAUCCGCUGGGCUGAUGGGGGCAAAGAGGUCUUCAUCUCUGGAUCUUUCAACAACUGGAGCACCAAGAUCCCACUCAUCAAGAGCCACAAUGACUUUGUCGCUAUCCUAGACCUCCCAGAAGGAGAGCACCAGUACAAAUUUUUUGUGGAUGGCCAGUGGGUCCAUGACCCAUCCGAGCCCGUGGUCACCAGCCAGAUGGGGACGAUUAACAAUCUGAUUCAUGUCAAGAAGUCUGACUUUGAGGUGUUCGACGCUUUAAAAGUGGAUUCCCUGGAGAGCUCAGAAACCUCAGACUUAUCAAGUUCCCCACCCGGACCUUAUGGCCAAGAGAUGUAUGUGUACCGGCCUGAGGAACGCUUCAAAUCCCCUCCCAUCCUCCCGCCUCACCUCCUCCAGGUCAUCCUCAACAAGGACACCAAUAUCUCGUGCGACCCGGCCCUACUGCCCGAACCCAACCACGUCAUGCUCAAUCACCUCUACGCACUCUCCAUCAAGGACGGCGUAAUGGUGCUCAGUGCCACACACCGCUACAAGAAGAAGUACGUCACCACGCUGCUGUACAAACCUAUCUGAGCCGGGGCUUUGCCCACCCCCCACGCAGGACACGAAAUGCCACUUUGUCUGCACAUGCUGGGCCACAGGACUGUGUGAGGACUGGCUGCUGGAUCCAGCCUCCAACCCGGGGGGGGGUGCAGCCCCCAGUGAUGAGUGCAGGCCUGCUGGGGCCAUCCUGCUGUCCCAUUAUACUGGUGUGGUUUGAUUUAACCCUUGGUUUCCGCCCACCUGCAGCUCCCCUUGGCUUCAGUGAGUCCCUGGGGCUGCUUUGCUGCUCACGGAACAGCCUUUCCUCACUCCUGACAUGGAAAGGGCUUCACUGCCCCUCUGCUCUAGACUGUGAUGGCCCUGAGGCUGUCCUGGCACUGUCUGCAGGCUAGCAGCAAAGUGUCCUUUUGCUGCGCUGGUAAUAAGCCUCCAAGACCACGUCCCUGGAAGGUUGGGGAGCCUUAGCCUGCCGCUGUCCCCUGUCCCUUAGCCCUGUCUGUCCUGUUCCUUGUACUCCCCAGCUUCAAGGAGAGCUCUUGGCCACAGCUCUCUACCACGUUCAGUGCUGAGUCAGCAGGAAGGAGGGCACAGCUGGAUGCACCAUGCUUACCUGCUGCCAGGACAGCACCAUCAAGGACUGAACAUCUGCCCCAUCACCACCAUCGGGUGCUUCUGGUGGGCCUGGGGAGAGCGGAGCAAGGCAGAUACCCCAGGACCCCAGCUACGCCAUCUGCUGCUGUAGCAGUGCCAUGUGACAGGGUUUUCUCUAUUUAUUACAGUAUUUAUUGUUC